AUGCAAAGCCGUCGUGAUGACGCACGGGAUGGUCAUGAUGACGCACGGGAUGGUCAUGAUGACGCACAGGAUGGUCAUGAUGACGCACAGGAUGGUCAUGAUGACGCACAGGGUGAUGAUGAUAGCUCACAGAAUGAUCAUGAUGCCUCGCAUGGCUCACAGGAUCGUGAUACUCAUGGCGCAUCAUACAUUGGUCAUGAAGAAUCGGAUUACAUUCACGGAGAACCGUCGCAUCAGCGAGAGCACCAGGCAGCGCAUCAGGAGCAUGAUCUGAAGCCGCACGAAAAGCAUGGGAAGCAUCAGGAGCACGGAACGCGUGAAAGGCAUCACCAUCACGUACAUCAGAAGCAUCUGAAGCAUCAGAAGCUGGAGGUUCCAGAAGCUCCACCGAUGCAGCAGCACGCACUGCUGCUCGCCCCUGCUCCCUCCAUGAUCAAUGCUGCUGCUACUACCACUACCAUUGCUACUGACACAUCAUCCUUUUAUGCAGCCGCCCCUCCUGCGAGAAACCCCAUCCGGACAGACAAAGACAAUCCAAGCGGUUCCUCUGCUCUUUUCAACCCGCACGUGCACGCCAUCCGCUACACAGGCGUGCGCAGCCGCGGCAGCAACCGCUGGAUCGCGGAGAUCAAGGACAACCAGCGCGGCGUGCGCAAGUGGCUCGGGACCUUCUCCUGCCCCGUGCAGGCCGCGCACGCGUUCGACGCCGCCGCCAGGGCCGUGAGAGGCCCCAACGCGCGGACCAACUUCCGCGUGGGGGAGACGGCAGGAGUGCCGGGGACUGGGGGGAGCAGGUCUAGGCGGUGGAAGAAGGUUGCGGCUGACAGUAAGGCUGCUGCUCUGGCCGCUGCUGCUGCUCUGGAGGCGGCGGCUCUGGCAGGUGGGUCGGAGGAUGGUGGUGUGGGCGUUGGAGGUGAAAAUGCCGCGGUGUUUGCUGGUGCAAGUCCUGGAGUUGCUGGUUCUUGGUCCCUGGGUGCUGCUAGGGGGAAUGUGUCUUCAGGAAUGACAUCUCAAGGCAUUGCAUCCCAAGGCAUUGCAUCCCAAGGCAUUGCAUCUCAAGGCAUUGCAUCCCAAGGCAUUGCAUCCCAAGGCAUUGCAUCUCAAGGCAUUGCGUCGCAAGGCAUUGCAUCGCAAGGCCAUGCCGCGUCAGAGUCCCCUCGGGAGUCUCCUCGAGAGCGGUGGGCUUUUGACUUGGAGGCUGUACCCUCCCGCGAUAACCAAGAGGAUGCAGCAGCCGCGGCGGUGGGGGAGGGAGAGGGAAAGGGGGACUGUAGUAUGGGCGUCAGAGAGGGACACACGUCAUCACAUCUCCCUUCCAUCCACAGCAUCGCCGGCACCCAUGCUGCGCACCAGGCGCUCUCACACUCAGGGCAGCAGCAGGAGGCGCCUCAUCCGAGCCAGGCUCAGGGGGCAAAGGGCGCGGAUCCCGCAGGUGCUGUAGCUGGGAGGGUGCGAGGCACAGCGCGGAUUCGCCUGGCGGGACUCAAGGGCAGCUCUGGGAGCACCAUGGUGCACACACAGGCGCCCAGCAAGGACAGAGAGGGCGUGAUGUCGCUGUCGCCCAGCAAGGGCAGGUCUGGCCAGGCAGAUGCGGGGAUCCUCACUGCACCUGUAUCAGGUACUGGGCACUCCCUGGCCUCGGCUCCUCCUCGUUUCCCCUUUCCUCCACCGCCUCCUCCUGCGCGUUCCUUGCCUCCUCUUUUCAUGCCUUCUCCUCCCUUCCCUCCUUCUACUCCCGUGCCUCCUCCUCUGCCCUUGCCUCCUCCGCCCUUGCCUCCUCCGCCCCUGCCUUCUCCGCCUGCCACGUCCUCUGUGCAGUGUGCGUCCCUAUGGGCUCCCUCACUGCCUGCCACUCGUGCCUCUCUUGCAUGCCCUUCCACCUCUCACCCGCUCGCCACACCGCACUACGAAGCAACAGCAGCAACAGCACCACCACCACCACCAGCAGAAGCAGCACCAACACCAGCAGCAGCAGCAGCAGCAGCAGCAGCAGCAGCAGCAGCUUUGGAGGGUGGGAUAGGGGAGCGGCUGCAGGCUGGAGAUUCGGCGCUUGGAAGGCAUGCUCUGGAUCCCUACUCUGUGCUUGUGGGAGGAGGGGGUCGCGAGGGUGGCAUGGCGGGGAACGGGGAAACUGGGGAGCGGGCGGCUAACAGGCCUGGGGGGUUUGGUUCUUCUCCUGGGUGUGGCUCGGUGAGAGUGGUGUGUGGGUUAGAAGGAGGGGUGGCAGGUGUGAUUUCUGGGGGGAUUGGUCAUGCAGGAGGGAAGGGUAGUCGGGGGGGGAGCAUGGUGACAGAGGCGGUGGCUGCUGCAGCGCUGUCUGCCAUCCUACAGUGCGCCAUGCAGGGGGGGAGGGGAGCAACGGCAGCAGCAGGAGCGGCAGCAUAUGCAGCAGCAAGAGCAGCAGCAUAUGCAGCAGCAGCAGCAGCAGCAGCAGCAGCAGCAGCAGCAGCAGCAGCAGCAGCAGCAGCAGCAGCAGCAGCAGCAGCAGCAGCAGCAGCAGCAGCAGCAGCAGCAGCAGCAGCAGCAGCAGCAGCAGCAGCAGCAGCAGCAGCAGCAGCAGCAGCAGCAGCAGCAGCAGCAGCAGCAGCAGCAGCAGCAGCAGCAGCAGCAGCAGCAGCAGCAGCAGCAGCAGCAGCAGCAGCAGCAGCAGCAGCAGCAGCAGCAGCAGCAGCAGCAGCAGCAGCAGCAGCAGCAGCAGCAGCAGCAGCAGCAGCAGCAGCAGCAGCAGCAGCAGCAGCAGCAGCAGCAGCAGCAGCAGCAGGAGCAGCAGCAGCAGCAGCAGCAAAGAGAUUGGCAGCAGCAACAACAACAGCAGCAGUGGAAGCAACAGCUUCAAUGGCGUCAGCAGCGGCAGGAGCAGCGAAAACAGCAGCAGCAGCAGCAGCAGCAGCAAGAGCAGCAGCGAAGAGAUUGGCAGCAGCAGCAACAGCAACAGCAAUGGGAGCAGCAGCUUCAGGGACGGCUGUGGAGGCAGGAGCAGCGGAAGCAGCAGCAGCAGCAGCAGCAGCAGCAACAACAACAAAAGCAACCACAUACCCACACAUAGUGCCACCAUCUGCUGCUGCACUCCCUCCUGUUGCACACGUAUCUGCUGCUUUUCCCACGGCACUUGAAGCAGCAGCAACGGCAGAGCAGCAUGGAGCAGCAUCAGCGGGGCUAUGGAGCAGAGCAAUUGCUGGGACUUCAAGGGCAAUGCAUGAGCUUGUGGGUGGAGUGCCGGGGUUCCUCCCCUCUCCUGCUGCCAGUCCGCACGCCACCCCUGAUAUUCAUUUGUCGCUGGCCCCUAGUGCUGGUGACAGCAGCAGGGCAGCUAAUAGAGGGGAUGUAGGUGCUCGAUGUGGAGUCCACCCCAUCCCCGAUAAAAGCAUCCCCGAUAAAAGGCAUGCUGUGACUGGUGCAGGAGAGACACUAAGUGUCAGCUUGAUGGCGCAUGGGGCUAGGAAGAGGGGGAGGGCUGGCCAACUGCUGGCAGAUGGGUCUAAGGAGACGUUUCCUCUAUUGCUGUCCUCGCCUUUAGGGCUGUAUGACAGUAGUGCUGAUGGUGGCACAUGGCCAUUAAAUUGA